AUGUUUAGCAAUAAGCUACGAAGGCUGUUUGCUAAACUCAACGUCGAGAAGGACAUGAAAAUCCAAUCUGUAUCGAAAAAGAAACUUCAACGAAAACAAGUAUUCGCCCAAGAGCUUCCUGAUAGCGUUUGAUCACCUACAAGACUUCGUUCGAUUAAUUACGACUGGGGGUUGCCUGGGAAUCCAAAAUUCGUGGAAGAUCCCUCCGAAGAUCACUGAAUCGGAAACUCAAAUUCAACUGGAAGUUUGCCAUAGAAUUUCGUUAUCACAGAGCACUUAG